AUGUUUGCCGAUGACAUCUUCCUCUUUGCCAGUGCAGACAAGAAAUCCACCAAGGCUAUUAAAACAGUUCUUGAAACGUUUUGCUCUGAAUCUAGCCAAUCAAUUAGUCUUGCUAAAUCUAAAGUUUUCUUCUCGCCAAAUACCGAUCCUUGUCUAAAAAAUUGGAUUACUUCUACUCUUGGUAUUGGCGAAACGAACAACUUGGGACGCGCGACUUUGAUCAAGUCCACCACUUGCUCCAUCCCAGCUUACUAUAUGCAGACUAUGGCCCUCCCUAGGAGUAUUUGCAAUAACCUUGAUAAGAUUAUUCGUAACUUCCUAUGGGGUUCUUCUGAAAAUUUCAGAAAGCUCCACCGAAUCAAUUGGAACAUCAUCACCAAACCUGUUGAUCUAGGUGGACUUGGUAUCAAGAAGGCUUCUGCCAAUAACUCUGCUUUUUUUGACAAAACUCAACUGCCGUUUCAUCCAUAA